CGUUCGGCAAGCCCAGCAACGCAGCUUACAAGCGCAGGUUGCUCUUGACCAUCUGCAUACGUGGCCUUGGCUGCUGUCAUCUAGUCGAAGGGCCGAGCUAAACGUUCUGCCGAAGCAAAUCCGGCCUUAUUGGAGACGGAAUAGGCCCACACGAUGGACACCAAGAUAACCAUCACCAUAGGCGAUCUCCCCGCCGAGCUUUUCCACAAGGUCCUCGAGCAACUCGGGUGUGAGGACCGGGAAACACUCGCAGCAUGUAGCCUCGUAUGUCGCCGCUGGUUCGACAUCAGCCGUCAACACCUUUUCUCGGACAUUCACGUCCCUCGAGAUUGCGACGAGACGUUCGAAGAUCUCGCAACUUUCGUCGAGCUUCACGAGACGACAGCCGGCUACGUUCGUACUCUGAACCUUGAGGCACGCCUUUUCCACAUCCCGCCUGUCAUCUCUUUGAUGCCGUCCCUUCCGUUGGACCUCCUGUUUCGUAUAUUACGGGCGUUACCCAAUCUCACAAUCCUGCGCAUGCGACAAAUAAAGAUCGCGCCAUCGGACCCCAGCGACGUCUCCAGGCUCCACCGGUUCAAUCUCGAGCAUAUGGAGUACCAGAAGUGCCUCUCAGAGAUUGGCCACACCUUCGAGCUGCUGUCCUGGUUCCAUAUCGACCACUUUGACUUCGACCCCCUCUUUUCAGACAGUACGGAGACCGAAAUUAAGGCGGGCGACUACGCCUUGGACGUUCGCUCCCUAUGCGUGAGCCCCUGGACGACAGACCCGCGAUUGACAUUUCAGGUGCUGCAACAGGUUGUACCACGCUACAUGCUCAAGUCAUUCCGCUAUCCCUCUCUUACUAUCCUGUCCACACCCAUUCCUGUCGUGGACUUCCUACGAGAAGUGGGCCAGAACAUCAUUGACCUCAAUCUCUGUCCCUCUGGACAAGACGACUAUCUCGUCUUGCCCCAGCUCCCCAGUCUGAAAGUCUUCCGUUAUCACCUCGAGAUCUCUCUCUUCUGUCGCCCUGCCGACUUGAGCCUCCAAAGGGCUGUAUUUGCGUCGUUCAAGGAGUCUUGGCUGCCCCAUCUACCCAUGGAUCUCGAGCAGCUCAUCAUGUAUCUCACAUAUCCGGAGGUCGAAGACGGGAUCGUACCUGCGGCCAACACUUCCGCCCUAUGGGGUCUCGAGAGCGCCCUCGCCCGGUUCCCCCGCCUCAAGAAGCUAAGCCUCAUCUUCCCGGAGCUCCCGUGCGAUAUGAAAACCGCAAUCUCUGCUGCCGCCGUAUGUUUCCCAACUCAUUACAACCGGGGGGUCCUCGAAGUCGAUGUUAGGGACUUUGCGCUAGAAUGUCGUGAUUUCGACAUCUACGGCUACCUUCGCGAGUGCUGCUAG